GUUCUUCUUCCCCCUCUACCCCCUCUGUCCUUUUUGGAGAUCGUCUUGUGGCGGAUCCGAUCAUCCAGCCGUGCAGGAAGCUAGUUGGUCCAAAUGCGAUAUGCAUGGCGCUGAAAAAGGAGGCCAAACAAGAUGAUUGGUCAAACGUCCCUGUUUAGAUCAAUUCUCGACUGGCUACCAGAAAAAAACCUGAACUUGUCAAAUAGAGAGUGUCUAAUGGAGGGGGUGUUAAUGUCGUGCAGGAUGUUAUGUGCUCGCGGGAUGCGGCGCGAAUCCCAGAGUAACCUCGUACAGGGGUCUCGGAGAUGGUGGCGGGUGGAAAGGUUGCAUUUCAGGCCAACGAUGACCAAUAAGCAAGGCCCCCGACGAGGUAAAAAACAAAUUCAUAGCGAUGCAUAUGAGAUGAAAUCAUAGGAUAGGAAAAGGUGUAAGCGUGUAGGUGAAUCGACUAAUCUUCUCAGGUUGACAAUCAUCCAUGUUCCCCUCGCCCCCUACCUCUCGUACGUAUCUUAGUGUCCACGUUGAUUCCAACACAAAGGAACCGCACUGACACUAGCUAGGAAAGGCUACACCAUGAGUCGGAUCUGGCACGUGCACUCACGCUU